AUGUCAGUGAUCAGCAACGAGGUCAUCUCCAUACGCAGUCCUGCUAUGGGACGUAUCUUACCAAGACGACGACCGGCUGAAUACGAAUACAGAGGUCAAAUGAUUCGGUAUCCUAUGCCAGAUUACUUGCCUUCCUUUUGCAACUCCCCGGUUACAUGGUUCUUCGAACAUCUCCGUUCAAUUCGAAUCUCUUCUGCCUAUAUCAAGAGGAUCGUUGAGUAUGUGGUGGUGUUCAGGCCACAGUUCAAGGUCACUGCGUCGAUCUCGGAUCGCUUUGAGCUGAGUGCAGAGAUCAAGCACGCUAUACUCAGGCUUGCUGAUGCAAAACUCGUCGAGUGGAGAGCUCAAGCUGAAAGACGAGGCCCGUCUAGAGGUCUCAAGCUAAGCUACUCUUGGACAGAAGAUUUCAUGCGAGAUGUCGAGGAGCCGCUCACGUUACUCCGCAUGUCUAAUAUACAACAACGGAGAGGAUGA